AUGGUAAUCAGGGCAGCCCAACACGGAGCAGAAUCCCAAAGCAUUGUCACACCAGCUCGUCCUUGGUGCCUGACUGCAUCCCGACGCAACCCCAUUAUCCAGGGCAUGGCAAUGGCCAGCCCAGCCCCGCACAUCACCUGCAGCACCCGAUCAAUAACGAGCAGCAUUACCGUCAGCGCUUCCCGCUUGAUUUAUCGCUGCUUGUGGGUGAGUAUCCUGGGAUCAGGUUGGAAAUUCUCUCUAAAAUCCUCGAGUCCAAACGUUAGCCCAGCACUGAACCAAGUCCCCAAGUGCCACAUCCACACUCUUGUAAAUCCCUGCAGGGACGGCUCCGUGGGAUGUCCCAGCAACAUGGCAGGAGUGCCCGUGGCUGCAGGGGCCAGGGACAGCCGGGGACCAUUGCCGGUGUGUCCCCACGGUGUGUCCCCGGUGUGUCUCUGCGGAGUCCCCGGUGUGUCCCCGGUGUGUCCCCGCGGUGUGUCCCUGGUGUGUCCCCAGUGUGUCCCCGACCUGUUCAAUAACAAAUCUGAACUUCUUGGGAUGGUCUUGAAAUACAGACCUAACAAGCCAAGCCAUCAAUGUGCAUGUGUCAGGCAGAGAGUCCUUGCCUGCUCUUUGAUCUCUUUCCUAUCUCCAUGGGCCAAGCUGAGACAGAGAUGGCAAGAGGCAGACAAGGACAGCAGAAGCAAGGACUGCCUUUUUCCACAGUGGAGUCAGAGUACAAAGAGGAAGAAACCUCGGUUUGACACUGCCUCACUAAUCUCAGCAGCAUAUCACUCAUUAUUCUGCACAGGAUUAAAGGUAUUUGAGAUCAGCAGCCAUGCAGGGUUGUUAAUAUCUGCCUGCAUUUCUGAGAAAUGGUCCUUUGCUCUUCUAAACCGAGGUUCUUCUGAAGCUACAAAGGUAAAUUUGCUCUCCAGGAUACUCAGAAGUCUCUUAGCACAGACCAUGGCUGUAGAUCACCCCAUAGCAGCUCCUACCUCGAUCUGCUGGCACACAGGAUCUCUAAGACUGCAUGUUGAGAAGAUGCUUAUCACAAGGAAUGGAACAGAAGGUUUUGACCCUUUAACGUGGCUCACUCAGUUAUGAGCACGGUGCAGAAAGAUAACAGCAGUUGCAAGAGUGAUUUGCAUUCUAUACAAAUAUGCUGAUCCUGGAGAUACAACCAGAUGGAUGCUUU